AUGGAUUUCUAUCACUUCACUUUUCUCUGCGGGGCUCUUGCGUUUGUUUGGGAAAUCCCCUGCUGUCAGACUCUUGUGAUUUUCCCUCCAGCUGCCCCGAAGAGCAGCAAGGUGGCGAGGAUUUUUGAUGGACAAGAAGCUUCUAAAUAUUUCAAGGAGUUUUACGCGCCGCCAUCCAUCGACAGAAACAAAAAAGCGACAUCUACAGAGCUGAUUGAGCCUCAUGAUUACAUGCUGUCUAUUUACAAGACUUUCUCCACGGCGGAGAGACUGGGACUCAACGCCAGCUUCUUUCGGUCUUCAAAAGCUGCAAACACUAUUGCAAGUUUUGUGGACAUUGGACAAGAUGACCUCCCACUCUCGCCUCUGAGGAGACAGCAGUAUCUGUUCGACGUCUCAACCCUCUCCAAAAAAGCGGAGGUGCUGGGAGCCGAGCUCAGGAUAUACACCAAAGUGUCUGGGAAUUUCAGGAUAUCGGAAACAGAGCCCGUUGACAUCCAGCUCCUCUCCUGCCACGACCAGCAGCUGCUCGACUCCAAAACACUGGACCUGCAGGAUUCCCAAAGGCCGAAGUGGGAGGUGUUGGACGUGUGGGAAAUAUUCAAAGAGCAACAGCACCUGAGCCAGGGGAAGCACUUCUGUCUGGAGCUCAGGGCCAUGCUGGACAACCCAGAGAGGGAGCUGGACCUGCACCUUCUGGGCCUGCACAGGCACGGCAGGCCUCAACAGAAGAAAGCCAUCUUGGUGGUCUUCACCAGGUCUAAGAAGAGGCAGACCCUCUUUAGUGAGAGGAGAGAGGGGAGGGCGCUGCUGGGUCUAGAGAGAAAGGCCAAAGAGAGGGGCCCAGGCACCAAAGCGAGCAGGAGAAGGAGGACGACUGCGUCAAAAACCCGCCACGGGAAGAGACACGGAAAGAAGUCCAAAUCUAGGUGCAGCAAGAAGCCGCUGCACGUCAACUUCAGAGAUCUGGGCUGGGACGACUGGAUCAUCGCCCCACUGGAUUACGAAGCGUACCACUGCGAGGGGGUUUGUGAUUUCCCCCUGCGCUCCCACCUGGAGCCCACCAACCACGCCAUCAUCCAGACUCUGAUGAAUUCAAUGAACCCCAGCAACAUGCCGCCCAGCUGCUGCGCCCCGUCCAAACUCAGCCCCAUCAGCAUCCUCUACAUCGACUCAGGAAACAAUGUGGUCUACAAACAGUACGAGGACAUGGUGGUGGAGUCUUGUGGCUGUAGGUAGUAGAUCUGGCAGGUGUAGUGCUUUAUGUUGACCUCCAUCUUCGUCAGGCUCUCUGUUUAGUGGGAAUCAAACAGCAUUGCAGUCUGUGUGGUGGCAAAGCUGCACAUGAAACAAAGAAAUCAUGCGUGAGAUGAUGAAGACUUACGGAUGCAUUUCCCAACCAUGCACCCAACAAAGUCAUGUUUAAUACCUCAAACAUUUGUUUUUUCUUGCUUU